AUUGAGAUUAUAAAAAUGCCUCUUUUACUGAGUCGGCUCAUUCCGACGGAGGAGAAGCGCACGGCCAGUCGUCUCUCGCCGUUCGGAGCUCCUCCUCUUCCCUUCGCCCGCCCUUCUCGAUCUCGCUCGCUCCGUCUUGGGUCUCCGAUCGCCCGACCGGCCCUCCGGAUCGUCCGGCGGAUGGCGAAGCCGAGGCACCCGCGCUUCCCGCAGCGGAAGCCGCCGUCCUCCUCGCGGCUGCUCCGCGCCGUGCUCCUGAUGUUCGGCCUCGUCGUGCUGAUCCUCCUCGCGCUCGGCGUGUUCUGGUUCCCGAGCGGCUCCGGCGGCUCCUCCAAGGCGAACGAUCUGAGCUCGAUCUUGAGGAACAGCGCGGAGAGGAGUGGACUUGGAAGAGAUGGAGAGCGAGAGCGAGGGCGAGGGGAGCAGUGGGUUGAGUUGAUCUCGUGGGAACCCAGAGCCUUUGUCUAUCAUAAUUUUUUGUCUGAAGACGAGUGCAAAUACCUAAUCGAACUUGCCAAGCCCCGUAUGCAGAAGUCAACUGUUGUAGAUAGUGCUACUGGCAAGAGUAAAGAUAGCAGGGUACGGACAAGCUCAGGGACGUUUCUGGCGAGAGGGCGAGAUAAGACAAUUAGGGAUAUUGAGAAAAGGAUAGCAGAUUUUACCUUCAUACCCGUAGAGAAUGGAGAGGGACUACAAAUUCUCCACUAUGAAGUUGGGCAGAAGUAUGAACCUCACUAUGACUACUUCCAGGAUGAAUACAACACUAAGAAUGGUGGUCAACGAAUAGCUACUAUUCUCAUGUACCUCUCUGAUGUUGAGGAGGGAGGUGAAACGGUUUUCCCAGCAGCCAAGGGUAACUUUAGUGCAGUACCUUGGUGGAACGAGCUUUCUGAUUGCGGUAAAGAAGGACUUUCCGUUAAACCGAAAAUGGGUGAUGCGCUUCUUUUUUGGAGUAUGAAACCUGAUGGUGCUCUGGAUGAAUCCAGUUUGCAUGGUGGUUGCCCUGUUAUUAAGGGGAACAAAUGGUCAUCUACUAAGUGGCUGCGUGUGCAUGAGUACAAAGUUUGAGAUACUGAGCAGAAGGUCCAAAAGUUUGUAAACUCCUACUGUCGUAACAUGUGUGAAUUCUCGGGUGAAGGCCCCAUCUUUUGGGUCUCAUGUCCACCUUUCACGUCAGCAACCAGCAUGCGGCGACUCGCAAUUUUGUGUUGUCUUCGUAGUUCUAGUGUAGAACAGUAUAAUCAGCUGUACAGCAGUUCUCGUUUCUUUCUCUCUUCCUUCCCAUCUUUUUGGGAAUCAGAUGGGCAUUAGAACAUGAGGACGCUGAUGAUUGCUAUAAUUACGAACUUCACGCAA